CACGAAACCGAUCAAAACAUAAUCUCUCUUCGCUCCAAAAAUGACUGUCAUCAUCAAAAGCCUCGCUGUGUUCUCCUUCCUUCUCGCUCUUAGCUUCACUUUCACAGAGGCCACCAGGUUUGACAUCACAAACAAAUGCUCCUACGCGGUGUGGCCGGCAUCGUUGCCGACAGGUGGCGGCCGCCAGUUGAAUCCCGGCGAGACGUGGCCUCUUGACAUACCCGCCGGCACCGCCAAUGCUCGCAUAUGGGGCAGAACCAACUGCAACUUUGACGGGUCGGGUCGUGGACAUUGCGGGACCGGUGAUUGUGGAGGUGUACUCCAAUGCCAGCUUUCCGGGGCACCACCAACUACGCUUGCAGAAUAUUCUCUAAACCAACCCAAUAAUUUGGACUUCUACGAUAUCUCUGUGAUCGACGGUUUCAAUAUUCCGAUGGAGUUCAGUCCAACCAAUGGUGGAUGUACUUCCCUCCGGUGUCCCGCCGAUAAGUGUCCCGAUGCUUACCUCUUCCCUGCUGACAAUACUAAAACUAAAAGUUGUCAGUCAGGAACCAACUACAGGAUUGUGUUUUGCCCUUGAAUGAGUUAUUAGUCUCACCAGCUCGUAAUAAUAAAUAAAGAACGAUGUAAUAUGAUGACAUAUUCUCGGCACAUUUACGACCAGAUGUGUGCGUUUGUCCUACUAAGAAAUAAAUAAAUUCUCAUCUUUUAUUGAUUUUCA